GAAUUGUUCGGUGACUUUGUUUAUUUAAAGCUGUGACUUAAUGACAUUGUUGGUUACUUCGGACUUAUCGUAUUUUAUAACAAUAAUAUUGUUAUAUUGAUAAAAAAUCUUCAGUUUUACUGCUUUCUCUCACUGAGUGUUACGUUGAAAUCAGGAGAAAUAUCAGGUACAACAUGAAGUGCAUCAUAUUGUUGACUGCUUUAUUGGCGCUAGCUGGUGCGGAAACCUACAGCCCGGAAAACGAUGACUUGGACAUUGAGAAGGUGGUGAAUGAUCUGGAAGUGCUUCGUACUUUCAUGAACUGUUUCAAUGACAAAGGAGAGUGCGACUAUGUAUCUGCAGAUUUCAAGAAGGACAUACCAGAGGCAGUGAGAGAGGCUUGUGCCAAAUGUACUACAGCACAGAAACACAUUUUCAAGCGUUUCCUUGAAGUAUCUAAGGAGAAGACAAAAACCGAGUACAGCACAUUCGUGGCAAAAUACGAUCCAGAAGGAAAGUUUAUAGAACCCCUCACCGCCGCCAUAGCAAACUUCUAAAUAUGUAAUCUUAUCUGUAAUUGAUUAUAUUUCUCUUCAAAUUUG